GACCGAGAAAGAGCAGCAGCAGAAACCUCCUCGAGGGGGAGUACAGUUCAGCAAACACUGGAUUAGCCUCUGGCCAAUGGUGAUGCUCGAGAUUAUUCAAGCAGCCUCUAAAAAAAGCUCAGCGCUCCAUGCUGCGCUCGCAGAGUGGAAGUGAAGAGCACUUGGCGCUGGGAGUUUGGUCCGCCUGUUGCAUGCCAUGAAGGCGUUUUACCGGCUACUUCUCCUGGUAUCUGCUCCUCUAUAGUGGCUGUGGCUUCCAUGGCAGCCCGCAGAUCCCAGCGGACGAAAAGAGGGUUGCUCGAGUUGGCGGGAGCCAUCAGGUGCAGCACGGGGAGAUCUGCCCUGUCCUACGUGGUGUACGGAUGCUACUGUGGACUGGGUGGUCAAGGCUGGCCCAGAGACAGGGCGGACUGGUGCUGCCACCAGCAUGACUGCUGCUACGGAGAUGCGGAUCGCCUUGGCUGCCAAACCAAAACAGACCAGUAUCACUGGACGUGCGAGGACAGGACAGCUGAGUGUGAUGACCUGGACGACGUGUGUGAAAAGCUGCUGUGCAAGUGCGACAGGGACGCGGCCAGAUGUUUGAGAAAAUCCCCCUUCAUCGCAAGAUACGCCUUGUGGCCGGAUUUCAUGUGCGGCUACACGCAGCCUACGUGUAACAUUUAUUGACGCAAUAAAUGCAUCUCCAGGA